ACAAUCGAUUUUCAAGGCCGGUUUGUUGUGGUUUGCAUGCCGACACCGUGUGUAGUUUUUUUCAGUGUUUUGUGCUCGAUAUAAAAAAAAUAAGCAUUAUGGAAACUGUUCGACCCUGUGGCUGCAAAGGAAUCCGCUCUUGUUUAAUUUGCGAAGCUGAAUACAAAAUAUCGAAGCCGGAUCUGAAGGAAGUAUUACAGGAAAGCAAAUGUUAUGUUUAUUGUCCAUAUUGUGAUAAAUCAUCACCUGGAUGGGAUAUAGAUAAGUAUAAAAAGCAUCCUCACCAUGAUGGAAAUUUAAUUGACUAUCCUGGUGUUUAUAUCAAGUUAAAUUUCUUAAGUGAAGAUGAGGCUAAGAAAUUGAUGGAAGAGCUCGAUUAUCUCCCUUGGCAAGCAUCACAGAGUGGUAGGAGAAAACAGAAUUUUGGACCAAAAUGCAACUUUAAAAAGCGAAAGUUACAAUUAGGAAUAUUUGAUGGUUUUCCUAAAACAACACAGUUUGUACAGAGUAAAUUUGAGGAAAUACCAUUACUACAUGGCUUUAGAACUGUCGAGCAAUGUUCGCUUGAAUAUAAUCCCGAACGAGGCGCUUCUAUCGAUCCUCACAUUGAUGAUUGUUGGAUUUGGGGAGAACGUAUAGUAACCGUUAAUAUCCUCGGUGAUUCUGUUUUGACUAUGACUCCUUAUCGAGGUCCAAUUAUGCGAUAUAACUUAGAUUAUGUUUCAAAUUAUAAUUCUAUCUUGGAGAAAGGCAUUCGUGAUAACACACAGAUUGAUAUUGAUGAUAACGUGGUGGUACGAUUGCCGAUGCCUGCCAGGUCACUCAUGAUUUUAUAUGGUCCAGCAAGAUAUCAGUGGGAACAUUCUGUGCUUCGACAAGACAUCACGUCGAGGCGCGUAUGUCUCGCAUAUCGUGAAUUAACGCCACCGUAUCUUGAGAAUGGGGAACAUCACAAAGAAGCUUCUGAGAUUUUGAGACAAGCUUUAAUCUUCAGAUGAUGCUACUAUAAAAAAUAGAUUUAAAUAAUUAUCAGAUUUAUUUAAUAUAUUCUUUCUGAUUUGACGGAAUAUAUAAUGUGUAAAUAUUGUACCAUUUAAAUAUAUUUUAUUUUUAGCAUAAAAAUACAGUGCAUUAAUAAUAUUCAAUAAGUAUCCACACUUUUUAUAUAACAGUUUGUGUAAUAAUACUCUUUCACUUAUGGCAAACAUUCUUGAUUAUUUGUA